UUUUUGUUUAACUUCUUUGUCUAUCUCUUACCUUUUUGUCCUAUUUUUCCCGUAUUACCAAGUUAUAAUUUUACUAUUUUAAUGCUUUUCCUUUUGUUGUCAUACCCUUCUGUUUCUUCAAUUUCUUUUUUUUUCUUUUCCACUUAUAUUUUUCUUUUUAAACAUUUUGCCAAGGAAAGAGAAAAUUUAAAAUUUGCUUACAAGUUUUUUUAUUUUAAAAAUUUUUUAAAUUUUUCAAAUUAAUUUUAAUUUAUUUUUUAGAUUUUUAGUUAAAUUUUUAUUCCCAAAAUGUCCUCUUCCACUUCACAAAUUCCUUCAACAAGUAUAAAACAAGAUAUUUAUGACGAUGAUUUUGAUAUUGUUGAGAAUUAUGAAACUAACAUUUUAAUGGAUUCUCAAGAAAUUGAAGAUAUUGAAAGAGAAAAGGAAGAUGAAGAAGAAGAAAAUAAUGAAGAUGAUGAAGAAUGUGGAGAGGAAGGAGAAGGGGAGGAAGAACAAAAAGUUGUUGGAAGGAAGACGAGAGGGAAAUAUGGAAAGAAGACGGCUAUUCAUCGAGCUGCUGAACGUUCUAUAAUGUCGGCAUUGAAAACUGAUGUUGAUAAUUUGGCUAGACAAUUUUGUUCAAAUAAUACAGAUUUGAGUUUGGCUAGAUUUUCUAAACUUUUUCAAGCUAUGGAUUUUGCUACUAUUUUUCUUGGAAGAUUUACUAAUUCUGAUUUAGUUGAGGUUUGUUGGAGGGGGAUAUUUUGA